AUGUGGGCGCUCUUGGUUCUCAUAGGUGCUGCAGCUGUUUCUGCUCACCUGCAGGAUCUUGGCUUUGAUGGGCAGAAGGUGUUUCGUGUGAUUCCGCAGAAUGACAAACAGGUGGAAAUCAUCAGUUCCCUUGCCAGCAACAUGCAGGUUGACUUUUGGCAGCCAGACUCGGUCACACUGGUAAGGCCAAAAAUGCAAGUUGAUUUCCGAGUUGAAGCUGACAAGUCUUUUGAGGUUGAAGAACUUUUGAGAGACAGUGGAGUGGAGUACAGAGUUCUGAUUGACAACCUGCAGGCUGCAUUGGAUGCCCAGUUUGACAGCAAAGUUCGUACUGCCAGACACAGCUAUGAAAAGUACAACAACUGGGAAACGAUAGCUGCUUGGACUGCUGAUGUUGCUGCUCAGAACCCAGACCUUGUCUCUCGCAGUGUAAUUGGGGAAACAUAUGAAAGACGGCCAAUGUACCUUCUCAAAGUGGGAAAAAGUGGUGCAAAUAAGAAGGCCAUCUUUAUGGAUUGUGGUUUCCAUGCCAGAGAGUGGAUCUCCCCUGCUUUCUGCCAGUGGUUUGUGAAAGAAGCUGUUGAGACCUAUGGAAAAGAUACUGUCAUGACCAAACUUCUCAACACAUUGGACUUCUAUGUUUUGCCUGUUGUUAAUAUUGAUGGUUAUAUUUACACUUGGACAAACGACCGCAUGUGGAGAAAGACACGCUCUAAAAAUGCUGGUAGCCGUUGCAUUGGUACAGAUCCCAACAGGAAUUUUAAUGCUGGCUGGUGCACUGUUGGGGCCUCAAAAAAACCCUGUGAUUCCACUUACUGUGGCUCUGCACCUGAGUCUGAAAAGGAGACUAAGGCUUUGGCUGAUUUUAUUCGUGAACAUCUUUCUACAAUCAAGGCAUACUUGACAAUUCAUUCCUAUUCCCAGCUGCUACUGUUCCCUUAUUCGUAUACUUAUGAAUUACCAUCGAAUUACGAGGAACUGAAUUCCAUUGCUCGUGCUGCAUCCAAACAGCUGGCCAGUUUGUAUAAUACCAAAUACACAUACGGCCCAGGAGCUGAAACAAUCUAUCCUGCUGCAGGGGGCUCUGACGACUGGGCUUACGAUCAAGGCAUCAAGUACUCUUUCACUUUUGAGCUCCGAGACACUGGUAGACAUGGUUUUGUUCUCCCUGAAUCUCAGAUAAAGCCAGCAUGUGAAGAGACUCUACUUGCUGUUAAAUAUAUUGCCAAUUAUGUCCUUGAGCACUUGUAUUAGAAUGGAGUUCUAAAAACUAUUAAAGAAGGUUUCAUUCAAAGAUGCCUCCCUUUUUAUUCUUCCCUAACAAUAGGUUUUUAUUUCUCUGUACUUAAUGUUCUUAAGUCAUAUCCUUGGUCCAUCAUAGGUCAAUAAAACUACAAGUUUGUCAAGAGAAAUGAUAUCUUUUCUUAAGGCAGGGGAUCUAAAAAGAAAGAGCACAAGAAGCUUAAUCAACUUAAGGUAAAGGUUGCCUUAAUGAUUAAAAUUAUCUUUACACAGAGCAGACAGGCAGAGCAUUAGAACUUACACAGCCUGAAUGCUAAACAGAAUGAGAACAGCUAGGUAAUUCAUAUAAAUGCACUUUCGUCCAACCAUUCAUUGCCUUAAUGGCAACAGUAGCAAGGAAAAGUUCACAUCACAUACUUUUAAAAUUAUGUUAGCUGCGAUAUGCUCUUGUGAAUUUUCUUAAAACACACCCUGGAUCUGCCCUGUCACUGAAAACCAGUUUGGAUCUGAGGUCACUGCUAGUCUGAACUCGGUGCUGAAGCUUGUAAUUACUGUUAGUUUUAAAGAACAAGACUUGAUACCAAUGCCAUAAACUACCCUGCAUUUAAGGCUCUCAUGCUCACUACAGUAGCAUUUCUGAAAAUAUUCUCAGAGUUCUGGUACUUCCUGGGGCCCCACAUGUUCCUACCAUCAUGAGCGGAAGAAUUGUAAACAGCCAUAAAGACUAAGUCUGGUAAUAAAUGAUUAACUGUUUCUUUCAUGAGAAGCUGUAAAGAAUUAUCCCCUCUUGAUCAAUUUUCUGUACAGGUAAUGUGGGGCUGAUUGGGUCAGAGUGAGUGAGAGUGAUAAAUAAUCACUCCGGGCAGCUUUCUCACGCAGCUGCAGAAAAUGUGUUUGGCAUUUAUUAAUGCUGUUUAGAGCUUGGCUAAUAUGGGACGCACUCUGCAGAAAGAUGAGGGAAAACCUUAUGUCAACACAGAACCUGGCUGAUCUCCCUGCCGCUGCUGGAAGCUCUGAACAGACACUUGCGCUGUCUGCUGGUGCUCCUGGAAUCAGCACUAUUUCUAGCAGGUCCCUAGCUGAUGGACACAAAACUGCCCAUGAAAUGCAUCUCACAGAGAAAAUGGUUCUCCCAAGAAAAUCACCGAAUUCAGACCUGUCAAAAACUAGGUGUUCUCCUUUUUUGCUUCUUCUCUGUGGAGGAAAACAGAAAGACAGGGUCCAAUUUAAAAUGACACUUUCAUUUACGUGUAUAAGGAAGGAACACAUCCACUAGCCCACUCCAAUUAGCCCAGCAGAGCUCAGAUUAAACCAGUCCUCACAGAAAACUGAUCCAUCUGUUUUUGAUCACUGGUGAAACUGAACCCAUGUGUGAAAGUAGCACGUACCAGUAAAAAGACAUGUCAUUCUGUUUUGCAACAGAAGAGGGGGGGGAAGGAUAAUCAACAUUACUAAAAAUAGCACAGGAUGCAAGCAGAACAUACCGGCCGGAGCCAAACAUGUCACAAAGGGCAGGAAUAUAAACUACUUGGAAUACAAAAUAUUUUGGCUAAUUUUAACGAAAUAUUAACAACCACCCAGGGACUAUCCCAACUAAAGCUGUGUUAUUUGGGAAAAUAUCACAGGCUUUACAUCGACUGCAAGGUGAGUUGUUGAUACUCGGCACCAUUCAUUGCUCAGAAGGCUCUUUGUAGGACUGUAGGCAACAAAACACAGAAUUACAAAUACAGCUGAGGGGUAGGUCACGGCACCCAGCAGCUCCAAUAGUGUUAGGGUUACUCCAGUUAACUUAAAUGUUGACUCCGAGGCAGAAUACAGCACAUGUUUGGUAGUUCUGACGGCCACAAAGUCAAAUCACAGCAAGGCAGUCAUAUGCGGCUUCUCCAAAGAAGGCAUUCACAAGCACCUCUGGUCAAAUUACACAGACGCAGAAAAGAAGAGCAGUUAAAUGUGAUAUAUCAUCUAUGCAGCUUGGAAUAUAAAAAAAUACAGGGAGAAAUUUAAGCAGGAAAGGACAAUCUGCUAGCAGGUAAGCUGUUAGGACAAAGACACUGGAAGAAAACACGGAGAGGAAGCAAAGGUUCAGCAACAAGUCACAAUGCUUCAAAUUUCAGCAUUGCUUUCAAAAAAACAUAGAAAAUCCACAUGCAAAACUGAUUGAUAAUAUAUUUUCAAAGACAACAUCGUAGUUAUUUGGAACCAAUUCCUCAGUCAUGAAACAGUUCUUACAGAGAACCAGGAGAGACACAGGAAAAGAAAUAAAAACAUUUUAUAUCGAUGAUGGAGGUACAUUUUGACAUUUAUAACGUGGACUUUUUCAAUAACCCUAAAGAAAAAAUUUCCAGUGUUCUCCAAACUGAAUCUUCUUCUUGCUUUCCAGAACCAAAUAAAUCCAUAAAGAAACAGUAAAUAUUUUACCAAUGUUGAAAUAAACAGAACCCACCUCCCUG